AUGGGGCGACCGAGCCCAAGCGGCAAACGGCGCGAGGGUGACUCGGGCUUGGUAUGGGACGCCGUGCGGGGCCGUCUGCAGACCGAGUUUGCCGACAUCCCGGCAGUGGAGGCGGGCGCGGGCGCGGUCGCGGUCGCUGAGUCGAAGCGCGGCCACCUCGCCCUCGAUUACACCUGCAUGAAGUGGGUACAGCUUUCCAGCAAGAAGAAGAGGAAGGCUGGGAGCUCACUGAUUGUGCUUGGUACAGGCAGUGGGGAUGUGCUGGCACUUGAUGUCGCUGCGGGCGAUUGGAAGUGGAAGGUCAGCGAUUGCCACCCUGGGGGCGUGACGGCUGUAGCGUACUCAAAACAUGGGCGGAGUGUGUACACGGCAGGCGCUGAUGGCAUGGUCUGUAGGAUUGAUGCCUCUGAUGGGGCUGUUGUCGGGAAAUUUAAAUCUUCUUCAAAGGCAAUAUCUGCAUUAGCUGUGUCAUCAGAUGGAAAUGUGUUAGCAACAGCAGCUGGCCAGUUGAGGACCUUUGACACUUCCAGCAACAAAAAGAUUAAAAAAUUCUCUGGACAUCCAGUUGCUGUGAGGAGCAUGGUUUUUAGCAAUGAUAGCCAGUAUGUUUUGUCAUCUGGAGUUGGGGAACGCUAUAUUGCCAUUUGGAAGCUGGGCAGUGGGAAAACCCAGAGCACAAACUGUAUCCUGUCGAUGGAGCACCCAGCAAUAUUUGUGGACUGUAAAUGUUCAGACGAAGGAGAAAUACACAUUUUGGCUAUUUCUGAGAUUGGUGUCUGCUAUUUCUGGUCUGCAAAUGAUGUGGAUGACCUGCGUAAUAAGAACCCGACCAAGAUCGUAUUGUCUGAAUCAUCUGUGUCAACAGUUCAUCAGGCAUUCUCGAUAUUUGCCGCAAAACUUCAAGGAGUGGAUGGACCUAAUUCUGCCCAUGUCCUACUGGCUUAUGGGUCUGUAGUGAAACCAUCUUUUGAUAAACUUUUGGUUUGUUAUGGUAUGGAUAUUAAUUUGGGCAUUUCUCAAGAUGGUGUUCUCUUGCCAAAUACUCAAACCACCAUGACAAAGAAAGGCCAAUCUGUGAAAAAGCAAGAAAUUGUAACUGCUCUAGACCGAGCCAAUGCUGAAGAUGCUAUCCUUCCUCUUCCAAGGCUCCAUACACAGGAAAAGAAAAGGAAACAUGGUGUAACAAAACCCAGUGAUGACGUGGAGCCUGAGAUUCAUAGUGACCUCACCACUACAAGAUCUAUUCAUAAAAGAGUUCCUGUGCAAAGAACCGAAGAUGACAGCAUAUGCAUCGAGGAUAUGAUGAGGGAGUGUGGCAUUAUUGACACUAGAGUAGAUGAGAGCAUGAAGGGCCAUCCUGGCAUUCCCUCUGAUAUUUUGUCCGAUCUGUUUGGUGAUGGCAGCAUAAAAUUCAAUGCUAAUUUACCCAGGAAGAAGAUUCGAGGUCAUCUAAGAUCAUUGAAACCUGGAGAUGCUUGCAAACUUCUUGAGAAUUUAGUAUCUGCAUGGAUAACAAGAUCUGGUAUCACAGAAGUUGUAUUGCGCUGGAUAUACUGCCUGUUAGUCAUUCAUGGCCGUUUUAUUCCCUCUGAGGAAUCAACAAAAGUAAUUAGCAACCUGCACAAGAUGUGUGCAGAGAGAUACAAAGCUACUGAAGAUUUGCUGAAGCUUUCUGGCCGGCUUCGGUUAAUAAUGGCUCAGGUCGACAAGGCUGCUAGUAACAUGUCUGAGCCGACAUCAGAGGAGAUGCAGGAUGCUGCUUUCCAGUCUGACGAAGAGGAGGAUGAAGAUGUUGAUGAAACAGUGUUUGGUCAAGAUUCAGAUUCGUCACAAAACAGCGAUGAUGAUGAUGAUGAUGAUGAUGAUGCUAAGUAG